CUGUCCAUUGUCUGAUAGUGGAAUAUUGGAUGUCUGUACGGUUAGGAAAAAAAAAAUUUAUUCUGGAAAAGCAUGGACGUCCCGUGAAGUCAUCGACAGGCAUCGUUAUAACACGGCACUGCUAAUGUGCGUUCGGUGUUCUUAGUGUGUGAGAGAGCGCGUUUUCGGUUUCUGUCGAGAGCAAACGUUCCCGCUGGCUAGGGUAACCGCGUACCGUGUGCGUGAGCGUCGUGAGUGAUUCCGUUGCUGAUCGCGUACGGCAACAUGUCCGCCCUGAAACAAGUGAUGCAGGUCAUCGGCUCGCAUCACAUUUCCAAUGAGCUGCUGGAAUCCGAUUGCGACAAGUCCGGCGGUCUGAUUUCCAACGGCGAGUAUGCGUGGUUCGCCGCCGGGGCCAACAUCAUACUUUAUUCGAAACAGCUCGGGUCAGUUGUGUCGUCCCGGUCAUUUGCCACCAAUCAAAAGGACAAAUCGUUUACGAUUACCUUUGUUCAAGAAUUACAUAAAACUGAAAAUUCACACUUUCUGUUAGUCGGAUGUUCAUGUAAAUCUUUUGGUAUAUUGUUUGUUUGUCAAUUGCCUACAUUAACGACCAUUCGUUGUAUUCAUAUACCAAAUCCAAUAUCCUACAUUUCUACUAUAAAUAAUGAAUCACUUGCGCAAGAUCAACUUUGUGAUGAAUUUAAAGUUAUGUCCACUGUACUCUUAGUUGGAAUGAUAACUGGAGCAGUUUUUGCAGUUGACUUAAGACAUCGUCACAUUGAAAACCAAUUACGAAGAAAUGAGAUAGUUGUAAAUGAAUCUAGACCAAGCAAACUAUUCAUUAUAAGAAAAAACGAGGAUUGCCAAGAAGUUAAAGAGAUGAGUGAUGAUAGUGAUUGUCAUUUAGCAAUGUUUAUAAAUGAAAAUUUCUGUAUCUAUUGUAAAAAACAAUACCGUGGCAAACUAAACUUCAGCGUAUCUAGUUUGUUGUAUAACGAAGAAAUCAAUACGGUUGCCAUUGGAUAUUCUACAGGUCACUUCCAACUAUGGGACUGUAAAGUAAUGCGAACAAUAUAUUUGUUAAAAGAUCCUAAAUGUGUUAUGCCAGUAACCCAUAUUACUUUUCUUGAACCUUCUGAUGAUCCAAACAAUCUAUGUUAUCUUUGGGUUAUUCAAUCAGAUAAUUCUAGACUUCCAAAUGCAAUGAUGAUUGCUUUAACUUAUGAACAGAGAACUAUGAUGUCAAAUGGCCGUUUGUCAUACAGAGUUUAUAAAGGAAAUGGCAUAAAAUUAGAAAUGUCAUUGAGAAGAGAAUCUGGAAUUGGUCGAUGUAUAUCUGCAUUAACUUUAUGUAAUGUGAACUUGUUCAGAAAUGAAACUGAUAUGGAUGAAGAUUGUGAAAUUAGAUUAUUUGCAAUGUUAAUGGAAAUUCGCCAAAAUGUUGAUGCUAGCCCUGAAUCUUACGUUUUUUUGUUUGAUAUUAACCAGUGGUAUAAAGCCCAGAUGCCAUCAAAUAUAAAUCACCUUAAAGUAUCAAAUUCUUACGCUAGUUUUGUAAAAUUGCCUCAUAAUGUCAGUUAUUUAGAUUUAAAUAUUUCUGACAAAACAUUGCGCCCAUUCGGUUACAAUUUUAGAAAUAAUGUUGAAGAACUCUAUUAUCCAUCUUCAAUAUAUUUUGAAUGCGAUUGUUUAUUAGACACUGAAAUUAUUAGAUUUAAACAUGCUGGUGUUCAACAAGAAAUUCUGGAUCAAUUGCUUUUAAAAAAUUGGAGGUUGUUAAUAAAUCCAAGUUUAAUAUUCAGCCAAUGUUUACAAACAAAUUUAAGACCUUUCUUUUGGGAUAAAACUGAUGAUUACGUAAAUUACAGUUUGCCUGAUCAAAGAAGUUUUGUAAUAUCAAUUAUAGUAGAAAACAAAAUUAUGUCAGUUCUUAGUGCAUGUGCUGAAGAGUGGAAAAAUGGAACAUAUGUAUCUAGUGAAGCAACAAUUUUACAUUUAGUUCAAUGUCUUUGGAAGCACGUUAUGGUUGUCAAACAAUAUGCAGACAAAUUAUGUGUUCCUUUAUUUGACUACUCUGGUACGCAGUUGGGUAAAAAAAAUGAAAGAAUUUUAAAUCAUUGCUUAUCUCAAAUGCUGUGUGUUAAACAUUUCCUAGAAGAUUUGCAUAAUGCAUAUGGUAUUCAUAUAAUAAAUGUUGAUUAUUCUUAUCGUGUGUAUACACUAAAUUUGGUUACUCAAUAUUUUAAAGCGGUGACAUGUUUUCUUAACUAUGGACUUUUACCAGAAUCUAAUGAAGAAGACCCUACUCAGAAAAUUAUACAAUGUGAUUUUACAUCUCUUAUUCAAUAUGCAAUUAAACGUCGAAUGGAAUUUGGAGAUUUGUCAUUAUAUCUUAUUGACGCAUUUGUGUCUAAUGAACCUAAAGGCAAUAAAUUAAUUGAACAAUGGCAACAUGAAGGUGGUGAAGCAACCAAAGGCUUGUACCCUCCGUCUAAUGUUCAAUGCCUAUUAAGGAUUUAUUUGAAUGCUGCACUUUCUAACCAAGUCAAAGAUUUUAUCACAAUUUAUUUUUUGAUUGACGUCUGUUCAUCGCAAGAGAUUGAUGUAAUAACGGCAAAUCGUAUGUGUAACUUUGCUAUUGAAUUUGAUAUUGAGAAUAAAGGAUUGAAUACACUUUGUCGUGCUAGCUGGUUAUUGGAUCAUGACAUGUUUGAAGAAGCUAUGGAUAUCUUAGCCAGUAGUCAUGAAUGGCUGGUUAAUGAUAAAUCUUGGGAUUGGUAUCACUGGACUGUCUUGAAAUUACUUGUAUAUAAAGAACAAUAUUUUUGGGCACGGUUUUACAUGCAACUUACUAAAAUCAGUUUAGUUAACAUCAAUGAUCACAAGUUUUAUGUUAACUUGCAAAUCAUGAACAACCAAUGUUUCGAUACUUUAAUUUAUUUACGAGCAAGACCCUUUAAAGAAAAACAAACUUUGUUUGAAUAUUUCUUUGACCGAUGUAGAGAAACAAACAGAUUAAAAUGUUUGAUAGAGUAUCUCUGGGAUGCGGAUGAAGCAGAAUUAUUUUUUUCUUAUUUGAAAAGGUUUGAUGAUACUGAAACAUUAACUUUUCAAUUGUUAUUUUUGUUACAGCGAGGAAGACAUAAAGAAGCUAUCAAACUAAAUCAAAAAUUAAAAGCUAGCCUUAAGUCAAAUAAUAAUGAUGCACUGACAAUUACUAGUCUUUUAGUUGAUGGAUUUGAAAAAAAUAUUCCUAAUAUUAUGAAAAACGAUUAUAGCCGUCUUCCUCUUCAAAGUGUAUAUAAAAAACCAAAUGUUGUUGUGAAAUGUAUGAACAAUGAGAGUAAAAUGUUUGUAAUGGAGAGGAAUAAAGUAAAUAAUUUGGUAAAAAGACAGAGUGCAUCUUUUACACCAUCAAAUUCAAUUGAUCUUUUCUUACCAGCAAAUAAUAGUACAAGGAAGCGGUCACCUAUAGAUGAUAUGAUUUGUAAUGAAAAACGCAGAAAAGUAGAUGAAAAUUUAUUAAGUACCCCAAAAGCCAAUAAUGAAGUUGUAAAACCAAUUGAGAAACAAGUAUUAGAAAUACUCAAUACUCCUUUAGUUGAAAAAACCAUUGCGUCACCAUCUAUUACAAGCUACUCAUCAAUUUUAAAGACAAAAUUUGCAACAAACAAACAAAAAAUAUCGUUUAGUCUUGAUAAGACUCCAAGGUCUUCAAUUAGAUUUAGUCUACCUGGCAAUGCUGACACUACAGUUGAAAGAGUUGAUUUUGAAGAAGUGGUACAACAAAUUGAUAAUCCUGAAAAUGAAAGCUUUUACAGCGUUAGUAGCAGUGAUGCCAAUGAUUUACCAAAUCUAAUAAUUUCUGAACAAAUACCAUUAACUUUCCAGGAGUCACUCAAAGAUAAUUCUAAAAUGAAUAUGAGUGAUGAAUAUGAAAAAAUGGAUAUUUCUGAGGAAAACCCAUGUUCUGAACAUGAACAAAUUAAAAUAGAUGACAUGUCUGAAAAUGAAACGAAUGACGAAGAAAUGGUUUUGAGUUCGGCAGAUGAGUGUGUUGUUCUCUUGACAUCUGAUGAAGAGGAUGAUAAAGAAACUCCAGUAUCAAAAUUAUCACCGAAAAAUACAAGUUUAGCUUUGAAUGGAGACAUUAAACUUUUGACUCCAAAAUCAGUUCCAAUAGAUAAGAAAGAAAUCUUAAAUCAGCAUUAUGUGACCUUGACUCCUUUAGAUGUUGAUAGUAAUUGUCUAAUUCCGAAUAUCCAAGAGAAUUUAAGUAAAAAUGAAAAACCACUAUUUAAUGAUAUUUCUACUGCCUGUUUAAUACAGAAAACAAAUUCCAAUGAGCAGCCCCCAGUAAAAAAAAUGAAUGAUGAUAUUGAUUGUAUUUUAUUGGAUUCAGAUGAGGAUGAAAGUGACAUUUUAUCUGUAGGUUCAUCAAGAAAAAAAUCAUCAGAUGACAGUAUUGUAUCAGAUGGGAGUGUUGUAACAGAAGGCCAUAUUGGAUCAGAUGGCAGUAUUGUAUUAGAUGAAAGUGUUUCAUCAGAUGGUGGCAGUAUUGCAUCAGAUGAUGGCACUAUUGCAUCAGAAGACAGUGAUUUAGAAAACACAAGAUAUGGAAGAUUUAAAUCCCAAACAAGACACCGUUGUCAACAUAGUGAUGACGAGGAACUUGAAGAAGAAUAUAUUGAAGAAGAAGAAGAUGAAAUUGAAGAAAAAGGUAAGGAAGACAGAAUUUCAGAAGAAGAUGAAGAAGGUGAAGAAGAAGAAAUUGCAGAAUGCGAAGAAGAAGAAGAAAUUGCAGAAGAAUGUGAAGAAGAAGAAAUUGCAGAAGAAGGUGAAGAAGAAGAAAUUGCAGAAGAAGGUGAAGUGGAUGAAAUUGUAGAAGAAGGUGAAGAGUUCAACAAUUAUGAUGUAGACUCAGAAGAAUCUGAAAGAGAAAUAAGCCCAAAGCAAUGUGAAAACAUAUGGCAAAGAGCAGAUGAAAAUAAUUCAGAACUUCAUAGUGAAGUAAGCAAUGAAAGUAACUUAGAACAUCCUUGCAUGGACAAUUUAGAUCAACAAAAUAUUGAAUUUGAUGAAAAUGAAGAAGAAAAAAUAAAUAACUGCGGCAUAACAUUUAGUGGAAAUGAAGAGAUUGGAUCUGAAAAUAAGGAUAAAAGAUAUGACAACGAUAAUGACGAGAAUAAGUCGGGACAUGUUGUGUUUAUUAAUCAAAAUGAAGAUGAAGAUUUAGAAGAUCAGGAAGACUUUGAAUGUGUUGAAAAUGAAGAAUAUCAUUCAGAAAACCUCGCAGACAAAUCUUAUGAUGAAAAUAAAGACAAUUUAGAAGAAUCCGAUUUCGUAAUUAAUGAUGAAAGUGACGAAAAUAAUUCAGAAGAACCAGAUGUUACAAUUGAAAGCGAAAAUGAAGAAAAUUUAAAAGUACAAAAUGUCCUUGAUGAUAAAAAUGAAGAAGUACCAAAUAGCAUACUUGUUGGUGAAAAUGAUGAAAAUUUAGAAGUAUCUGAUGUCAUACUUGACAAUGAAAAGGAAGAACACAAAUCAGAAGAACCAAAUGGCAUACAUGUUGGCGAAAAUGAUGAAAAUUUAGAAGGACCUGAUGUUAUACUUGAUGAUGACACAAAUGAACAAGACAGUGAAGAAGAAGUACAUUCCAUACUUGAUGAUACUAGUGAAGAAAAUAGUUCAGAGGAACCAGAUGUCUUGGAUGUCGCAAGUGAAGAAAGCAGUUCAGAGGAACCAGAUGUCUUGGAUGUUGCAAGUGAAGAAAACAGUUCAGAGGGACCAGAUGUCUCGCUUAAUGUUGGAAGUGAAGAAAACAAUUCAGAAGUACUUGAAUAUGCAAGUGAACAAAACAGUUUUGAAGAGUCAAAUGUCAUACUCAAUGAUGAAAGUACUGCAAAUAAUUUGAAAUUGUUUAAAACUCUCAAAAAUGAGAAAACAUCGGAAAAGAAUGAAUUAGUUGACAGUGAUGAAAUAGUGUAUCCCAUUGAUUCACAAUCCAAUUCAUUAGAAAACCUUACUCCUCGUUUGGAUGACGUUGCUGAAGAGAUCCAUUCAAAUGAUAACAGUCAGAUAUGUGAUGAAGAAAAUGAAAAUUCUCGUAGUAUUAUAAUUGAAGAUGACAAAACAAAUGAUUCAAGUGUGAUAGAAGACAAUGAGAAUGUUAUUGAAGUAGUUGAAAAUACAGAUAAAGUAAACGAGCCUAUUACUCUUGAUGACAUUGAAAACAAUAAAGAUGAUUUAUCUAUUGACCAGAAUGAAGAUAACCAUUGUGAUGAGUAUGCAUCUUCUAAUAAUGAUCAUUCUUUUGAAAUGUUUAGAAACGAAUCUAAUCCCAUACCUGAUGAUGGUUUUAAUCAUCUUACAACGCCUGGAGUUGAAGCAGAUCAGCUAGAAAUGGAUGUUAAUCAAUCUACUCCAUUUAUGUUUGGGGAAUCAUUUUUUGGUCAACAAGAAAUUCCCGAGAAGAAGCCCAUGCUUCUGUUUGGCCACUUAUAUUGUUUUGAAAAUGAACAGUUGAAUGUAGAUGUACAUGCCGAUAAACUUGAAACCCAAGGGUCAGAUGUAGUUAACAAUGGAGUUGAUAUUACUAAUAAAGAACCAGAAGUUGAAAUAGAGGGCGGAAUUCAAGAUAUAUUAGAGCUAGAAUCUUUACCUGAAAGUAAUCCAGACGACAAUUUUGAUAAACAGAUCAAUACAGAUUCUAAUAAUUUACAACCAGAGUGUAAAGAAUUUAAUGCAACAUUGUAUGACAAAGGACAAACUGUCUUGUUAGGUGAUUCCCCUCAUCUAAAACCUAUAUAUUUUGGAAACAUUGAUUCCGUGCAGAUAUUUGAAAAUGACGAGCAAAUUCCAAGUACAAGUGUAGAUUUAUCCAAAAAAUCUGUUGAACUGGAAAAUAAAGAUUUGAUGGGUAAUAAAUGUUGUGAUCUACUUACAAUCAAACAAGCAGACCCAUCCUUACCAAAUAAAUCAGAAGAACAAUUAUAUAAAACAGAUACGGUUCCAACUAAUACGAUUGAAAACUAUACUACAAAUUCUGUAAAUACAAUGGAACCUGGUAAAUCAUCUUGUGUUGUUGAAGAUGAUGAAAAAAUCUGUCCAAUAUCCCAAAGAAGCAUUACAACAACAACUGAACCAAGGCAAUUAAUGGAUACCAUCAACAUACAGGAUGUUCAUUCUAAAUGUGCUACAUCUGUUGUGUCUUGUUCAUCAAACAUUGAUCAAAUUGAUGAUAUUGGUGAUAAUGAUCAAUUAUUAAAAAAACCAAAUAUUAAUGAAAACAUUAAUACUAGUUUAAAUAAUGAAGAAAUAGGAUCUCAUCAACCAGUCAAGUCUAUACAAAAAUGUAUUGAAUUAGAAACAAUAAUUAAAACUGUUGGUCCACGUUGCCCAGAUGCUUCUGAUAAUGUUCAAAAUUUUGUUAAUGAAAACAAAAUAAAUUUAGUUGAAAAUCUUGCAGAAUUAGAUAAAUGUUGUCAGAAAAGCAGUCUGAAUAUCCCACGAAUUGAAAACUAUAGUUUGCGUUCAUCUUCAAGAAGAAGUAUUUCAAAAACAAAAGGAUGUUUAUUGGAUAAUCCUUCCACAACAGAACAAAAAUUAACUCUUAAUAAAACUAAAUUGUUAUCUGAUCCAAUUCAAGAAAAUAAAAUAAUUGUUAUUGAUCAAAUAAAGAAAGCCAAAUCGAUUCCAUCAGUAGACACUACACCAAUAACAACGAGAUCGAGAGCUAAAAGUGAACCCAAACAAGUACAGCUAGAACCUAUUUCUUCAAAUAUUUUCCGUAGUUCUGGAAUGGUUGAAGAUAACAGUAGACAAGUAAGGGUGUCAUUAUCAAAAAAGAGAUCAAAAAGUCAAGAAAACAUUUCAUCGAUAAAACGUAGAAGUGGACGAUCGAAAUCUUUAGCUCCUGUAGAAAAAUCAGAAGCUAAUAAGAGGAAAACUGUGUUUGGCUUAGAGGAAAUACCUGAAGAAGAUACUCCAAAUACAGAUACAAAUAUCAUAAAAACUGAACAUACUGCAUUAAAAAAAAAACCAAAAUUCAAUUUCUUAUCUAAUUCAUCAAAAAAAAUAGAAUAUGUUAAUUUAAACCCAAUAUAUCAACAAGAUACAAAAAUAAGAACUCCACGAAGAUCUAAAUCACUCCAGCCAGACCCUGUUUUAACAUUUUCUGUCGUGAAAAAAAAACCAAAACGAAGUUCAAGUGUAAAUAUGUUAAUUUCAAAUGAUGAAAUUCCUACUGAAAAAGACGAUUUAAUGGUAGUUUUAAAAAAAGCAUUAAAUUCGCCAGAAAAAAUAAGAAAACGCUCUGUGGCAGAGUCACUCAGGAGUAGAAAAAAACAAAAACUCCAAAAUCAAGUUGAGGAAGAAAAAAGAGAAGUUGCUGGAUCUAAGUAUAAUUUAAAUCAGUCUAAUCAAAGUAAUCAGUUUUCUGAUUCCUCUUAUUCUUCUGAACAAUUAUCACCAAUCGUUGGGAACAUUUCUCAGCAUAUGUUGUAUACUCCAGCAAAAAAACGAACUAAAAUACGUAUGAUUAACUUGAAUUCUGAAAAUGAAGAUUCUUCUUCAGAUGAAUCAACUGAUUCUAAUCGAAUUAUGACCAGAUCAAUGAUUCAAAAUUCUAGCAUUGUAGAAUUAGAUCCUAUUCACCGUUCGCUGAAGAGUGAAAUCAGGCCAUCAAAAGUACCCAUCAACAGGCAAAGAAGAAGAUCGUCUUCGGUUAGUAGCAUACCCGAAAUUAAAACUCCAAAGAAAUCAGCUUCGUCUGUCUUUGAAAAGGAUGAAUUAUUAUUUCCUAAGCGCAAAGCCAAACAUAUAAAGGAAACAAUCGUUCAUGCGCCAAUAGAACCAUCAAAUGAACCACCUUCUACUUCAGAAAGACGUAUAACACGACUUCAACAAUCAAUAUUAGAUAAAUCAUUACAAUCCACAUCUGUUAUUGGACAAGAUACGACAACUAAUAACAUCACUGUGCCAAAGCCAGAAAAGAAAAAAAUUACUAAAAAAAAAUAAUUUAAAAAAAAUCUAAUAAUUAAUACGAAUAUAUAAGGUAAUAUCUAUGUUAGUAGGAAUAUAUCUUAAUUUAUUAUUAAUAAUAAAAAAAAAAUAGAACCUUAAAUUUAGAUUCUGUCAUAUGUUCUUAUUAUUCAUAUACAUAAAUAGAUUUUAAGAUUUUUCCCUAAAUGUGGUCUUAAUAAUGUAAGCUUAAAAAUUAAACCAAUUUAUUGUAUAAUUUAAAAAUUGACUUUGAAUUUUAUUAUUAUAUUUAUAAUUAUGUAUGUUUGAUAUAAAAAUAAAUACAACUUUGUAGUAUCAUAGCCUAAAUUAAUCAUUUUUGUUUUGUAAAUUUUAGUUAUACUUUGAUUUUGAAGAACAAAAUAGAAUCAAGUUAUUGAAUAUUAUAUAUUGUUUAUAUUAAAUUACAAUUUCAACAAUACUUGCAUAAUAGUAAUUGAAUAACUUGUGUAUCCAAAUAUCCCUGUACUUAAAAUUAUAUUAUUUAAUUUGUUUAAAUAGUUAAUUUAAUUAUUAGGUUACAUUUAUGUUUAAAAUGAUUCAUAACAUAAAUUAGAUUAUCCUUAAAUAAAAUUUAAACUUUCAAAUAAAGUUACAAUUAUUGUGUGUUAUAUGAUUUUGAAAUUCAAUAUUCAAAAUGUACUGAAUGUGUUUUAUUCUAUUAAUUAUUAUAAUUAUUGUAUUAUC